AUGCCAGGAGAAGUCAUUGAUACACCAAAUCCCCAGGCACUGCCUUCCCACAUUCCCGAUGUAGUGGACCAGCUCCAGGUGAAGUUGGACCUGACGAGUCUGGAACAACCUGCUUGCGAUGCUUUAUUUAAGUUCCGUCGAGCAGCUUCAUACAUCGCCGCAGCGAUGAUCUUCCUACAGGACAACGUGCAGUUGAAGAGAAGCCUGACACACGAUGACAUCAAGCCCAGAUUGCUUGGCCAUUGGGGAACAUGCCCCGGGCUGAUCUUGGUAUAUUCACACUUGAACUAUCUCAUCAAAACGCGCGACCUCGAUAUGCUCUAUGUCGUAGGCCCAGGACAUGGCGCGCCAGCCAUCCUAGCCUCUCUUUGGCUGGAGGGCUCACUGGAGAAAUUCUAUCCUGACUACUCACGAAACGCCGAGGGUCUCCGAAACCUCAUCUCCACAUUCAGUACAACAGCCGGAUUGCCAAGUCAUAUCAACGCUGAAACGCCUGGUGCCAUUCACGAAGGAGGCGAACUGGGAUACGCCCUUGCAGUGUCCUUUGGCGCAGUCAUGGACAAUCCUGAUCUCAUCGUCGCUUGCGUAGUGGGCGAUGGUGAAGCAGAAUCAGGCCCAACAGCAACAUCGUGGCAUGCCAUUAAAUACAUCGACCCUGCUGAGUCUGGUGCCGUGCUGCCCAUCCUGCACCUGAAUGGGUUCAAGAUUAGCGAGCGCACGAUUUUUGGCUGCAUGGAUGAUAGAGAAUUGAUCUCUCUCUUCACUGGCUAUGGUUACCAGGUCCGCAUCGUUCAAGAUUUAAAUGACAUUGACACCGAUCUCCAUCACUCCAUGACCUGGGCCGUCGACGAAAUUCAUAAAAUCCAGCAAGCAGCGCGGUCCGGGAAGCCAAUCUUGAAGCCGAGAUGGCCGCUGCUGAUCUUGCGCACUCCGAAGGGAUGGUCGGGACCAAAGAAACUGCACGGUCAGUUCAUCGAGGGGUCGUUCCAUUCGCACCAGGUUCCUCUUCCCAAAGCGAAGAAGGACAAGGAGGAAUUGCAGGCCCUCGAGGAGUGGCUGUCGUCGUACGGCCCCAAUGAGCUUUUCAAGGAAAACGGAGAUAUUAUCGACGAGAUAAAAUCUAUAAUUCCUUCCGAGGAUUCGAAGAAGCUCGGUCAACGUGUGGAGGCAUACAAGGCUUAUGUGCCGCCAAACCUCCCGGAUUGGAGAAAGUUCGCCGUUGACAAAGGCAGUCAAGAAAGUGCAAUGAAGGUAACCGGGAAGCUCAUCGACGAGGUCUUCCAGCUUAAUCCUCACAGCGUGCGACUGUUCUCACCCGAUGAACUCGAGAGCAACAAGGAGGAACUUCCAAUGGGAUCAGUUCUCGAAUGCUCGAGGGGCCGCGUCAUUGAAGUGCUGAGCGAGCACAUGUGCCAGGGUUUCCUCCAAGGCUACACUUUGACUGGCCGCACGGGUAUUUUCCCCUCUUAUGAGAGCUUCCUGGGAAUUAUCCACACCAUGAUGGUGCAAUACGCUAAGUUCAUCAAGAUGGCUCUAGAGACAAUGUGGCACCGCGAUGUAGCUAGUAUCAACUAUAUCGAGACGAGCACAUGGACGAGGCAGGAGCAUAAUGGUUUCUCGCACCAGAACCCGUCGUUCAUCGGCGCUGUGCUGAAGCUAAAGCCCACCGCUGCUCGGGUUUAUUUGCCGCCGGACGCAAAUACCUUCCUGACGACUCUUCACCACUGCCUGAAAUCAAAGAAUUACAUUAAUCUCAUGGUUGGUUCGAAGCAGCCAACUCCGGUAUAUCUGACACCCGCAGAGGCAGAGAACCACUGCAGAGCCGGCGCAUCCGUAUGGAGAUUCUGCAGCACCGACAACGGUCUGGAUCCGGAUGUAGUACUUGUUGGAAUUGGCGUCGAGGUGAUGUUUGAAGUCAUUAGUGCGGCGGCCAUUCUGCGCAAGCGUUGCCCCGAGCUGCGUGUCCGCGUCAUUAAUGUGACAGACCUGAUGAUCCUCGAAAAUGAAGGCGCUCACCCGCAUGCUCUCACAACGGAGGCAUUCGACAAUCUGUUUACAUACGACAAACCCAUUCACUUCAACUAUCACGGGUAUGCGACAGAACUGCAGGGACUGCUGUUCGGACGACCCCGCCUGGAGCGAGUCACCAUCAACGGAUACAUGGAAGAGGGAAGCACCACGACACCGUUCGAUAUGAUGCUUGUGAACAAGACAUCACGCUUCCAUGUGGCACAGGCUGCCCUUCGGGGAGCGGCGAGGAGGAACGAGAGCGUUCGAAUCAGGCAACAAGAGCUCUACACGGAGCUGAACCACAACAUUGCGGAGACGAAGAAGUACAUCAUCGAGAAUCGCAAGGAUCCCGAUGACAUGUAUGAGAUGCCGACAUUUGAUUGA